GGAACGGUGUUGGGCCUUGGAGUUUUGUGUCAAUUCGGUGCUCGACGCUCAGCUCUCCACAUCAGCCAUGGCUGUGAAUAGGUCUCUGAUAAUUUUGUGCUUGGCCGUUGUGCUUUUGAGCGUGGUUUCGGCAUGGCAGGACUACGACCGUGGCAGAAGGGACAGUGGCAAGCCCUGGAAGCAGCAGGGUAGAUUCGAAUACAUUGGGAAUAAAAAUGAUUACCAACAAAACUUUAACGAUAAUCAUCAAAGAGGCAAAAAUGUCUACAGCAGUGAUGGUGAAGAUUACAACAGGAGAUAUCACCAUGCAGGCGACUGGCCGAACCAGCAAACGCAGGGCGGCAGCAACUACUGCGACAGGUACGCGCACGACCCAUACAAGCAGGCCAAGUGUCUGGCCCAGCGCGCCCCUCGGCAGCCGGCGAAGGACCCGCGGUGCCAGCGGUACGUGUAUGAGGAGCCGCACGAGCUGGCCCUGUGCGAGCAGCGCGCCCAGGGGCCCCCCAGUCGGUUCCCGCAAUGCCAGCACUACGAGUACGACCCUUACAAACUGGCCAAGUGCGAGCGCAAGGCCCAGCAGGGCGAGCAGGGCCAGCACCGCGCCGGCGAACCCCUCAAGGCCCCGCAGUGCAGCCGCUACGUGGACGACCUGUACAAGUUGAGUCAGUGCGAAGACCGGGCCCAGGGUGGCCCCACGCAGGUGCCACACUGCCAGCAGUACUCGUACGACCCCUACAAGCUGGCCAAGUGCGAACGCAAGGCCGAAUUCUGGCAGGGCUUUGCGUUCGACCCCGCCAAGACGACCACCACCAACGCUGCCUGCCAGCAGUACUCGUACGACCCCUACAAGAUGCAGAAGUGCGAGUUCAAACUCAACAAGUUGAUGGCCGGACACGCCGACUACUCCUAAAGCAGUCAAAAUAGAGAGGAAUUAAUAAUAAAAUGGUUCUUUUUAAGUUGAAUGUGUCAAAAAGUGUGAAUCAAGUCAUGAUCAAGAUCUUCCUAAUUAAUUAUGUUUAACAGAAAAAUAAAUAAACCUGAGAGAAAACUCAUUUUUAAAAAUUUGUAAAU